AGGGGUGCUAGCAUACUUACCACAGUAAUAAGUUAAACGAUUUUACGUUUCAGAACUAACAGGUAAAAUGGAAUCUGCCGCUAGCGAUAGGUCUUGGCUAAAACCAACUGUACUACUUUGCGUUUAUGGUAUAUUUAGCUACAUGAAGCCAUCAGAGCCCUUUCUUACUCCGUAUUUAAUGGGCCUCAGCAAGAAUUUCACUGAAUUUGAAGUGGUUAAUGAAAUCUAUCCAGUAUGGACUUAUGCCUAUGUUUGUUUUCUCCUACCCGUGUUCCUGCUCACCGAUUAUGUAAAGUACAAACCUGUGAUCUUAAUGCAAGGACUUGGAUAUAUUGGAUGUUGGAUUUUGUUGUUAUUUGCCCAAGAAGUUCCUUUAAUGCAAGUGAUGCAAGUCAGUUAUGCUAUUGCAACUGCCGGAGAAAUUGGAUACUAUUCCUACAUCUACAGCAUUGUAAAGCAAGAGCACUACCAACGUGUGACAUCAUAUGUGCGUUCUACCACACUCAUUGGACUCUUCCUUGGUUCCCUCAUUGGUCAACUUUUGGUUCUCUUCGCCGAUGUUACAUAUUUUGACUUAAACAUAUUUUCUCUUGUGAAUGUAUCUAUUGCAUUCGUAAUAUCUUGGUUUUUACCAAUGCCAAAGAAAACGCUCUUCUUUUUUACUGAGGAAGAAGAUAUGAGUGGUUCAAUUGAGAGCACGUAUCUAAAUGAGGAGAAUCCUGCUGAAAAAGCAAGUGAGGUUAAUGCAGAUGGGAUCACCAUUGAAGAAAGAGGGCCUACUUUUUUAGCUCCAAAACCAAAUCCCAAAAACAAAUCUAAAAUAGAUUGGAAAGGAGUUUUGGUGAGGUUGUGGGCAGAUGUAAAAGGUUGUUACAUGAACACUGUGUUAUUGCGUUGGUCGUUGUGGUGGGCCUUGUCUACAUGUGGUUGGCUGCUUGUGGUAAAUUAUGCUCAGAAUCUGUGGGAAACAAUUCACUCAAGUGCAGAAGGGGAGGUGUAUAAUGGUGCAGUUGAAGCAACUGCUACAGUGCUAGGUGCACUGGGAGCAUUUUGUGUUGGAUUUAUCAAGUUAAACUGGACAAGAUGGGGAGAGAUUGCCCUUGGACUUUGCUCUCUAUGCAAGUGUGGCUUACUUUUGCUGAUGUAUUGGACAACAGAUAUCUGGCUAUGUUAUGCUGCAUAUGUUGGAUUUAUUGUGCUGUACAACUUUGUCAUCACUAUUACCCAGUUUCAACUUGCUGUUGGUCUCAAUACUCAACGUUUUGCUUUGGUCUUUGGUGUGAACACAUUCACUGCUGUCCUUCUCAAUACAGUACUUACUGUCAUUCUAAUUGACAAGGCUGGAUUCGGUCUGGAUGUCAACACUCAAUUUAUUAUAUACAGUGGCUACUUCGCAAUCAUCGCUGUAAUAUUCCUUCUUCAUGGAGUCUAUUUUCUCUGCAAGAACGGUUUCAGCGGCGGUAGCAGUUUCUCUGUUUCUGCUCCAGAAGAAGAGGACCCCAAAACAAUAAAGAUAUCGGAGCAAACUCCCCUGUAGGUUUGAUAGAAAAUAAAAUGCGUAAAACAAUGACACCCGUUUGCAAAGCAUGGGGUAACUAUACUAUUUUGAUUAUUAUUUUUCUAAGUUUGUUUUUAUCAGCUUUGAUUACGAUGUUUAACAUUUUUCAUUGUUCCAUUUCGAAUUGUAAUUUUUCAUACAUGUGCUACCUUUUUUAACUUUUAAUAUGAAUUGCAAUUUCUUUACUUCAAUUUUUUUGUCAGUUAGUUCAAUGCAAAUUACUGUGGUAGAAAAUUAUAAGUGGUAGCUGGUAGGGUAAGUGGCCAUCGAGAUUAUAGCUUUAUUUAAAUAUUGAGCAUAUAAACCUUGCAAGGCUGCAAUAAAACGUUAUUUAACAGUAAAUAUUAGUUUCGGGAAGUCACCCAUUAUUAUACUGUGCAAGGUGUUGCAAUUCUUCGAAACUGUUUUCUUGUCACGCAUGUGUUUUACACAUAGCUUAGUUUAAUUCGUGCUCACUUUUAGCCCAGUCGGAUGCCUUAAAAUUUUUAUUGCUCUGCACUUAAUUUUUUCCUCGAUGUCCCAAAAGUAUGGUAGUGUUUUUUGAAAAACAGAAUUCAUUUGUUAUAAUUGGCUUGUUAACUUUAUACCAUUACCUUCACUAGAAUACACUUCCCUGCAAAGCCGAAAUAUAACCCUGCCUAUAAAUGACUCUUACUAUCAGUGUUAAAAACGACGCAUGUGAGGGUUGUGUGAUUUUCUUUUAUUUCACAUGACACUUGAAUAGUUUACC